AUGUCCGAAGAAGAAGACAAAAGUACAUUAAAUAAUGUCGACAAUGCUGUGGCUAAUCCACCGAGUAAUGAAGGUGAUAGUGACAGUCAAUCAGAUAGUUUAUUAGUAAACGGUAAUGAGAACACUCCUCCGUGUCAAUUGGACAUCGGUCUGGGUACUCAUACGGAUAGCAGACGUCAUGACAAUACUUUGAAUGUAAAUGACUCUGGAGAAGCUACAGCUUGCAGUAUCAAGCGUGAAGAUAAUCUUUUAUCAUUUAGACAUUUUUUAUGCAACAAUGGACACAAUCAAACAUCAAAACCCAAAGUUGAAGUUGUGCCUAGUGUGUCACAACCACUGAGGCCAUUAACAGAGACAUCAACCUUACCAGACUUUGUUCAGGAUCAUAUGACUACUGAUCAACCUUAUGACAAUGGUGAUCUGGAUUCUCGGUCAAAUAGUAUUGAUUUGACACGUGGGAUAAAUCGACCAUCCAUGUUCGGCAACCGUAGCAACCGUACACCUCAGCAAUGUGUGGUUAUGCCACUGGAUCUUCCAUUCACCAAUACAACAACACAGCCUCGUGCUACCACACCUACAACUACCAACAGCUUGCCAGAUUUUUUGUCUGAUGGCCCGAUUGGGGUACCAGUUGUUCAUCCCGUCACCAGGAACGAACAGCUAACUGAUCGAAACCGUAUAAGCAUUACCAUAAACCCUCAACGUGGUGCUACACCAAUUAACCAGAAUUAUACCAGGUUUCAAAGACACAGUGAAGUAGUUGAUGCUAGAGUAGCUAGGCUAGAAGCAACAGAACAAGACUUAAGAACAACUAUAUUGAAUUUAAAUAAUAUGUUACAACAAACACUUAUAAGGGCUCAAAGAGCUGAGGAUCAAGUGAUAUCUUUGAGAACCUUAUUGAGGGCUAGAGAACAAGGCCUUAAUCCUGGGAAUUUAUCAACGAUUCCAUCGACUAUAUCAGUUGCUGAACAGAUACGCCAUGGUACCCGAAAUGCCGAGAUAAUGCUUAACUUGUUGAGGGAUAACUAUCAGGACUUGAACAAUGUGGCAGCACGCCUCGAGCAACAGGAUACCAUUCAGACUUCCAAUACCCAAUUGUCAGUUGACCCAAGUGAUACAACUGAUAACAAUGUCACAUAA